AUGGCCACAUAUUAUGGAGCAGGAAACCUGCGGGAGCAUAUCCUUAACUGCAAGACAUUCAUAGAGCUCCAAACUCUAUCGGACGCCCUGAUGUGCAAGGUCUUCCCCAUGACACUAAUAGGACCAGUAAGAGCUUGGUUCAACAGCAUGGAAGCGGGGAGUAUUAGAAGCUUUGGGGACCUUACCAAUGUUUUCAUUAGCCGGUUCAUAGCAGGAGUUCCAGCUGAGAGGAAAACUAGUUAUUUGGAGACCGUCUGGCAAAGGAAGAAUGAAUCCUUAAGGGAAAAGCCAUCCACUACCCUGGCUGAACUGAUGAAGAGAGCCGAGAAGUAUAUAAGGCAAGAUGACGCCUUGACAACCAGCAGGUUCGCUAGAGAGGUUGCAGACAGAGGGAAGGCGAUAGAGAAAAUGAGAUCGAAGAGAUCGGAGAGGAGACAUAAUAAGGGGCCAGAGGUGUAUAGGCAGCCCUGGGAUAGGAGGGAACAGAGGCCGUAUCCACCUCGGGUCCCUAAGGCAAUAACCCCUCUCAAUGCAUCCAAAGCCAAAGUGCUCAUGGCAGUUCAAGAUAAGGAUUUCCUUCUAUGGUCUAAGCCUAUGAAAGCAGAUGCAAGCAGGAGGGAUCCCGACAAGUACUGCCAGUAUCAUCGCACCCACGGCCAUGACACCAAUAGCUGCUACCAACUGAUCAAUGAGAUCGAGAGGCUGAUCAAGAGGGGGCAUCUCCGAAACUUUGUGAAGAAUCCAGAAGGGGAGAGGCCCUAG